AUGGCUCCAGUUGGAGACAAAAGUGCUAGGAAUCUGCUCUCAAGUUCGACAGGGAGACCUCGGGGUCUGGUGAGCGAAGACGUCGAUGGUAGGAAGGUUGUAAAGAGGCGACGAUUCCGACUUGGUUGUGGAUUCUGUCGCUCGAGUCGACUGGGAACGUCUGAAAGUGUUUAUGCAUUCAAGAACCAACCCUCUGCUACCGAAGAAGAUGAAGGGCUUUCGUUCCAAUCCUCGCCAGAUUUCGAGGCCGAAACUGAAUCCCGCAUUGAAGAUGAAAGAAGGCAAUCUUGGAUCGUCCAACAUCUCGACGAUCCAAGCGCUAUCGUCGAACGGAAUCUUACUGAUGAACAGCAACCAGUGCGGCAGAAUACUUCAGAGGACGACACGGCGUUAGUCAGCAGUUCUGCUCAACAGGAAGAGCCCAGGGUCGCCUCUGCUCCUCCAGAGAGUCCUUCGUCUGAUCCCUGUUCAACUUCUUCUUCCGCUUCCCUCCAGCCGUCUCCACAAGCGCUUCGCUCUGCCCGGCCAACAUCUUUUCAGUCGAACACUCCUGAGCCCGAGCGAUCUUCUGAACGGUCCCACGUGCGUAGAAGGAAGUCGCAACAAAAACGUCGCUCCAAAAGAAGCAAACACCAACAGCAAUCUGUAGAAGAACUCCAAUUCUAUUCCCAGGAGGACCGGUUAAGCGACAAAUCUGCAAUCCAAUACCCGGGAUCACCCCACCAUUCACGACGUCAACACUCUUCCUCAAACCCCUCAAUUUUCCCCCCUUCCUUAACACUCAAUUAUGAGCCUCCUUCUAUAGCACAUGACCAUCACCGAACAACUCCUUGUUUCCCUCAACUUGAUGUUCCAUCCACUCAAUCGGAACCUCUUCCAGCAGCCGGAUCUUCCCUUGAUCUCCCUUUCCCAUCAACUCCAAUUUGUUCACACUCCGAAUCUGAUCUCGAAUCCGGGGCGCCUCUUCCUCAAUUUGCUGAAGAUUCUAUCGCGACAGCCACGCCAACAUCUUCACGACGAGGUCUUUUUGGUUUCCUUCUAAAUCCUCCAAGAUCUUCCCGUCCUCCCCCACUUCCUCCAUUUCCUUCCCCACUUCAACCGUCAGAGAAUCCAGUCGCUCUGUCCAACGACUCUGCAUUCCACACACCCUUGAAGCUUCAACAGGUUGAUGACAAAGACUCCUCAGGCGGUCGCUUCUUCACCCCUCGCAAGUGGAAGUCCAAGAAAACUGAUGGAAAGCGCAACGGGACGCCAACCAAUUCUCAAGACGGUUCCUGCAGACAGAAGAAUAUCGAUGGUUUCUCUAGCUUCCCCCCCGAGAUUUUAGCAAAUGGAAGGGAAUUGCGUCCCACUGCAGCGGCUGCACCUGUUUCCACCCGAUCGACUAAAUCCCCCCGUAGUCUUGUGGCUCAAGUGCAGCAGCCAUCAGCGCGAAGCUCCACUGGGAGGCUUCCCUCUCUUCUAACAACAUUGAUUCAUCAGGGAGGUCAGACACCGAGAGUCGCUACCCCGCCCAUACCUCAAAAUAAAGUGUUAAGGGGUCGUCCAACAUUAGUUCUUGAUCUUGAUGAAACUCUAGUGCAUAGUUCCUUCGUUGAGGUCCCAAAUUACAGUUUCAUUAUUCCCGUGGAGAUCGAUGGCAUCACACACCUCAUCUAUGUCGCAAAACGACCGGGUGUCGAUCAGUUCUUGCAGGCGGUUUCAAGAUGCUAUGAAGUUGUAAUUUUUACUGCUAGUUUAGCUAAAUACGCAGAUCCACUCAUGGAUCAACUCGACCCUCAACGUUACUGUGUCGCACGCUUAUUUCGGGAGAAGUGUGUUUUGUGGAAUGGUCAAUAUGUCAAAGAUUUGUCACGCAUGGGACGCGACAUUCGCAAAUUGGUGAUCUUGGAUAAUUCUCCAAAUUCUUAUGCUUUUCAACCUCAAAAUGCACUUCCGAUCGAGUCAUGGUUUGACGACCCAGCAGAUGACGAGCUGUAUCAAUUGAUCCCGAUACUUGAUGCGCUUUCGAAG